AUGCCCACGCGAGCUUCCCUAGUGUUGUUGAGAGAAUCGAAACUUUACUGCACGAACUUCGAGCUCGAAACACUUUUUGACCUCGUCGGUUGGAUCUUUUCCGUAGCCGGACACAUUCCUGAAGAUGCCACCACAGCUAAUUACUACUAUCCUUUGGUGAUUCUUUACUGCCAGUGGUGUCGGACGUUGUGCAACAAUAAAGGGAAGGAGCCGCAGAUGGUGCAGAUCACUUGGUUCCUUCAAGAGGGUACCAAACGAGUUUGCAUUGGAAGUAAUAUGGAUAGGCCCAAGAGCGCACGUAAAGAAAUAGCGAGAACAACGAGAUUUAACAUGCUCUCUCGGGAUGGAUUGGUCCUAGGAUAUGAAAGGCACCUGCCUUAUACGGGUGAUGGUGGGCAGCUCAUUGGGCAUUGUGCAGAGACGUUUCCAAUGUUGUUCAUCAAGUCGCUAGGGAACAAAGUGACGCUGGCGGAUGCCAGAGGUAUCGCUGUCAAACCAUUCCAGGCUCUCGAUGCUGGGAUGCCGAACAAGCUCGAUGUCCCAGAUACACAAACGCUGCGCAGGGACUUGCUCGAGGACCCGUGCGACAAUUGUGAAGUCGUCCUUCCACGCUUGGGCAACAUAAACCCGGAUCAUUUUAGCGUAGACCAUUUUAACGCUUAA